AUGUCUAAUCCUAACAAACAACAAUCCUAUGAAAUAUAUCCUGGUCGUGCAGGCAAGUGGCGUGAGUCCAAUUUUUGGUCGUACAUGGAAUUUUUGACUCUAAACCGCACUAUCAUCAUCGAAUUGCCACCAUUUACAGAAAAUUGGACAGGACUAAAUGGCACGUGGUUUAAACGAUUUGUGCAAGCAUCGGAAGAGCUGGGUCCGGUAUCAACAGCUGUCGUGGAAGAGAAAGAUCGCGUAAAAAGAACUUUUCGAUCAAAAGCUUUAGAUAUUUAUCAAGUUGUAGGGAAAAAUGUGGGUGAAGAGAUUCAGGACGAAUUCAAACCACCGUCGAAAAGGCUCAAGAAGGAUGAACCAGCAAAGAUACCAGAGCCGACAGAAGCAUCACUUAUCGAGGCUGACCUAAUAAAACUCGAAGAAGUGUCAGAUAAAUCGUCUAUAAAACCUCUCAAAAUACUUUCAACAGGAUCGUUUAUUGAUCUGAGAAAAGGUGGAGGUUAUUAUUUAGACAAGACUCAUUUCAUCUCUAAAAUAGAGGAUCUUAAUGUUCGUGCCAUCCUUUCUCUAUGUCCUCGUCGCUUUGGAAAAACAUUAUUCCUCUCCACUUUGUCAUCUUAUUACGACAUAAAGAACAGAGAACAAAUCUUCGGUGAUUUAUACAUCGGAAAAAAACCAACAUCAUUAGCAACAUCAUUUCUCAUUCUCGAACUCGAUUUUUCUGGACUUCGCACUAACGAAACAUAUGACAUCUUUAAUGCGAACUUUCACACAAAUUUGAAUAUACAUAUGUCAUGGUUUAUGGACCGAUAUCAACAAGAGUUGGGACAUGCUUUGGCAAAUUUCUUGAGGUUACUAAAAGCGGUGCAAUCAAAUGGUCACAAACUCUAUGUUUUUAUUGAUGAAUAUGACGCUAGUAUGAACGAAGCUCUCAGAAAUGAAACCAUCCUUCAAGAUCUCACCAAUCAUCACAACGAAGAAAAAGUCUCCAUUAAAAGCAAAAUCGAAUUAAUUGAAAGUUCGUUCAAACAAUUCUACAGUCAUUUGAAGACUGCUUGUGAUAAAGGCAUUGCCUGUGUUUUCCAAACUGGCGUAACCCCCAUUGUUAUGGCUGAAUUCACCUCAGGUUUUAAUAUUUCAGCAGAUCUGGCAUUAAGAGAAGAAUUUUGGGAUUUGUAUGGAUUCAAGAAAUCAGAUGUUGAACUUCUCUUGGACAAUGCUUUUGGAAAUGGUUUUCUAUUUGAUGUUAAGGAGGGGAUAAUAAAAUGGUUAAAGAAGGAAAUUGGCGGGUAUUUUUUUAACCCUGAUCAACCUGAAGGCGUUUUCAAUACUGCUUGUAUUCUGUACUGUAUUCAGAUGUUUAUUGGACGAAUGAAAUAUAUAGACUAUAGUGAUGACACUUCAAUUAUCAUAAAAAAGCUUCUUCGUUUCCCUUCCGAUCCGCACACACUGUCCUCACAAACAACAUUAAACUUGAUCAUCAAUCCCCUUGGCAAAUCCAUUCUUACCGAAGCACUCAAUCGACGUCCUCUCGAAUCCAAAAAUGGUAUAGAACAACGAUUUCGACUUAUAAACAUUCGUGAACUUGCCACCGAUCGCAUCCCAGAGUUUAUUGCGGAGGCACUUAAGAUUUAUGAUUGGAAAGAGGAGGAUUUAAUGCCUGUACGGAAAUGUUUGCAGAUUUUGGAGGGGGAAAACAACAUUGAACCACUCUGCCGAUUUGUAGAGCAAGCUUUACUCAAGCCAUUGAGGGACAAUAGUGUUAAACACUCAAAUGAAGAGGCUUUAAAGCAGGCGUUUUUGGAUACUUUAAUUCUCACUCUCCGUGCGGACAUUGAACCAGAGUUUCAGAUGGAAUGCAUUAAAUUGGACAGGGCUCGAGGUAGCUGGCAGGAAGCAACUCAAGUGUUACGAUCAUUGAUGGCAAAAUCAGAGGAUGAAAUUUUAAACCUUGAAAUUAGUGAUCAUUACCGGCCAAAUCAAAAGACAGUUCGUGAAGCUUUGGAAUGGAAGAUUAAAAAGAAAAGCAACGAGUAUCUAGAUCCGUUAAAAAAAACGAAACGAUGCUGA